AUGUGGACUUUAAAUACUUUCUGGCUCAAUCAUUUACAAGGUACAUCAUUCUAUAAUGCCUAUCUACGUUUAUGUGGUUCUCGUAUUGGUCACCAUGCGAACAUUGACACAUCAUUUAUCGAUACACCAGAUCUUCUCGACGUAGGCGAUUCAACCUACGUUGGUGACGAAGCUGUUCUUUCUUCUCUUACCUAUUAUGAUCGUACCUUUAAACUGCAUACGAUUCGAAUCGGUUCGAACUGUUCAAUCGGUUGUCGAACUGUUCUGCAUAAUGGCGUCGAAAUCGAGGAACGAGUAGUGGUGAAAGCCAUGUCGCCUAUCACUGGUCAUAUUUCAAGUGGAUCGAUUAUCGACGGUCCAUCACAACAAAUUGAUAAAGAUCAAUCUGCAUCGGACAAUGAUAAUAAUGCACUCUCCAAAUCACAAGUAGUUUUUCAACUUAUUUCAAUUUUGGCUAUGUUAUCUGUUCACAUUUGUUUCUUCACAUUGAUUUUUUCGUGUCUACCAUCGAUAAUCCCAUUAUUCAUUCGUCUAGCCAUCGUUUGGCUCGCUUGGUCCGUUGGUCGCCUGAUAUUAUGUGUCGUUCUUCUCAAAAUUAUCAUUGGUGAAGCACAACCAGGUAUAUAUCCUCUGAACUCGUGGUAUUUUUUACGCAAACUAUGGCUUCGUCAACUUGUUGUUCGAUCGUUGGCAUUUUCAUUCGUAUCCCAUAUGGGUCCUUAUCAUCUUCUGUUUCCUCGUCUUUUUCAGUGGCUCGGUGCUCAAAUCGAUGAACCGAAUGACAUCCGCAUAUCUCAAGCGCAUUUUUUACUCGCUUUUCCGACGAAUCUUGUUCACAUCGAACAAGGAGUUACAGUAAAUGGAUUCGUUCUAUUUAUUCCGUUCAAUGUGACAAUAAAUGGCCAAUGUAAAGUAGAUCGCAUCCGACUCGGUCGCAAAGUUCAACUUGGCAAUCAUUGCACUGUUCAACCAGGAGCAAAUAUCGUUAAGCAAACGCUUGUUGGCACACUGACUCGUAUUGAUGAAGAGACGGAUGUUGUAACUGAUGAUGAUAGUGAUCGUAGUAGCGUUAUGCUUGGUAUUCCAGCUCGAUUGAUGCCUUUUCAACAACUUAGUCUACUGUCAAUGUCAACAAAUAAUAUUUCGCCAUCCAUUUACUCUGAUAUGGCGUGUACUAUUGGUAUUCGAUUUUUGGUCAAUGUAAUUCUAUCAUUUGUAUUGAUUUAUGAUCCGCUGUUACUAUUGAUCUAUUUUCUUGCGGCGGAACAUUUUAUUUCUGUAUUUUUCUAUGCAAUACCACGUGAACUCAGUUUGACUGAUCGUAUCAACCCCUGGCUAUAUCGAUUGACCACAGCUUUGACACUUGAUUUUUUUACUUUCAUCACCCCUCUUCUUGGUGGCACUCAAUGGUUGGUUAUUCUAUUGCGUCGUCUCAAAGCUAGUAUUGGUCAAGAUGUAGUCAUCGGUGAGAUCAAUGCAGUCGAGGAUUGGAAACAUGUCACUAUUGAAUCACAUGUUCGUGUGAGUGCAACGGCCAAAAUUCAGGUGAGAAAAUCUUGGUAA